AUGGACACUCCCAUUGAUACUGUCAAGGAGGCAAAGAGACAUACGCACACCUACAGCUUUUUUCGAGAGCCGUUGACCGCCUUAGAGGGUUUGAGUUCGUUAAUGACCGCUUUCUGCUUGAAGAGUUUCACGGACAAUUAUGGGAAUAUCUUGACUUUGUUGGAAACCGUGGUUGAUACUCCUGCUUUGCAAACUUUGAUGCAAUUCUAUGAUCCUGAAAUGAGGUGUUUCACGUUCCAGGAUUACCAGUUGGCUUCGACAUUGGAAGAGUACUCUAUUAUUCUUAAUCUCAAGGUAAAAAGCGAAGUGCCAUUCAUCGACAUUCCUAAAGAUUUGAAUUUCAAGUUGAUUGCUGCUGCUCUUUAUUUGAGCAUAAAAGAAGUAUCUGAUAAUUGGAAGUCGAAUGGAGGUGUCUCGGGGUUCUCUUUGAAGUUUGUGGUGAGAAAAGCUAAAGAGGAAUUUGAGAAAAAGAAUUGGAACGCGUACAAUGCAUUGCUUGCUGUGGCUAUUUACGGGAUUGUGAUGUUCCCGAAUGUUCCCAAUUUUGUAGACUCGGCCGCGGUACACAUCUUCAUGGGAAAGAAUCCUAUUCCUACUUUGUUGGCUGAUACUUACUAUGCCGUUCAUUCCCGAUAUGAGAAAGGUGGUGGUGCUAUCACUUGUUGCCUUCAAUUGUUGUUCAUCUGGUUCCUCUCUUUGCUGCCCAGCAAAGGACCUUUUGUGAAGACAAGGGAGACACUUAAGUGGACCCGCAGGAUUAUGUCACUUACUUCUUAUGAUAUUCAGUGGCAAAAGUAUCGAAUUAAUGUUUCUGAAGUGAUUGUUGGGUGUGGGUCGGAUCCAGAAAAGUUGAAGGAGAUAAUUGUGGCUUGGAAGAAGAUUCGUAAGCAUAAUGGAGCCCAUUUAGGGAAGAAGGAAUCACUUGCUUUGACACCGUAUGUUGAAUGGAUUGUAAAACGGGUCGGAAGCUUGUUGCUGCCAUAUGAUAGAGUUGCACCACUUCAAAAGCAACCUCCUUUGAUUCUAUCCGAAUUUGUGCCAACAGAACUUUACAAGGAUGCUUUGGUUACCAACUACAGGUUGCAUGAAAGAGAGCAAGAGACCAAUUUGAAGUUCUUUGAAGAGAGAGAUGCAAAGAUGAGGUUGAUGCACCAGCUCAAGCAAUUCGAAGGCGCAAGUUCAAGUCAAGCUAGUACCCGGAGGCAUCCCUAUGAGUUGCUAGAGGAAGAUUUGUAUCAGAAGCAGCAAGAGUGUCUACAGUUACGGAGAUCAGAGAGUAGUCUUAAGAGGCAGAAGCGGGAUUCAGAUAAACAGCUAGCAGAAGAGAAGGCUAAGACCGCUCGACUUGAAGAAGAACUAAGAAGACUCCGAGCCCAGCGGAGAAGAGAUGGAGGAGUUCAUUCUGUUACCAGGCGAUCCUAG